AUGGGCAUAUUAGAAUCUAUCAAACCAAGAAAACCUAGCUUUGAAAUAACUAUUCCUUAAACCAUAAUCGAAAAACCUUAUUAAUUUAAUAAGCUAGAAACGACAGUCUAAGCAUAGGAACUGUAAGUAGAAGAACUCGAUAUCGUUUUUGAAGAUUAAUUUAUACCUCCAAUUAAACUUUAGCUUAUUAAUGUUUAGUUUUUUUAAACUAAAUAAACUUAUUAGCACAAAGAGUUAAAUUAUAUGAAUCCUUCAUAACAGCUUGUACAUUCUUUUUUGCUACUUCCACUGCAAGUUUAACAUGAUGAAUGA